AUGUAUCCAUUUCUUUGUUCAUCUCUCUCUUUCUUUCUCUCUGGCUUUCAUUUUAUCUUCAAAAUGUAUCCAUUUCUUUCUUUCUUUCUUUCUUUCUUUCUUUCUUUCUUUCUUUCUUUCGUCUCUAUUCUCUCUUCAAAAUGUAUUCUUUUCUCUCUCUCUCCAUUCUUCAAUAUUCUUCUUCUCUUUCAUACUUCCCUCUCUUUCUCGUCAUUAUUCUAUCUUCAAUAUCUUUCUCUCUCCCUCCCCGCCCUCUCUCUAUCCAUCUAUCUUUCUUACAGUCUCAUUCUGUGGGACACCUCACUCUCUGUAUAUUUCUCUCUCUCUCUCUCUCUCUCAUUCUUUCUCUGCCUCUCUAUAUUUCUCGCUAUUAUCUUUACCGCUAUCUCUUUAUCUCUUUCUCUUUCUCAAGCUGUCUAUCUCUCUAUAUCUCACCCAGCCGGAGAAUGUUACCUCUCUCCUUAUCAUUCUCUCUAUUCAUCUAUUUCUUUUUCUGUCUCUCUCUCUCUUUCUUCCUUCAAUCUUUCUCUCUUUUGCUCUCUGUCUCUUUAUCUCUUACUAUCACUAUUUUUAUCUGUCUUUCUCUUAAUCUUUUUCUUGCUUUUUCUGUCUGUCGAUCUCUCUGUCUCUCUCUUUGAAAUCUUCCAUCUUUCUCGCUUCUUUAAUAUCCUUUGUUCUCGUCUUAUUUUCUCUCUCUCUCUUCUUCGUCUAUCUGUCUCUCUCAAUCUAGCUAACCAUUUAUUUAUUUCUUAA